AUGAAAACUAAGAACAACACCCAAGUGUCGGAGUUCAUCCUGAUGGGGCUGUCCCAUGAACGUGGAGCCCAGCUGUUCCUCUUCACCCUUUUCCUCAUCUUCUACCUGACUGCCCUGCCAAGCAACAUCCUGAUCAUCAUCACCAUCCGAGGUGACCCACAUCUUGCCUCACCCAUGUAUUUCCUGUUGGCCAAUUUGGCUUUCUUGGACAUCUGGUACUCCUCAAUUACUGCUCCCAAAAUGCUGGUUGACUUUCUGGCUGAGCGCAAGAGCAUUUCCUUCGGCGGCUGCAUCACUCAGCUCUUCUUCCUCCAUUUUGUGGGAGCCUCCGAAAUGUUCUUGCUCACCGUCAUGGCCUAUGACCGCUACGUUGCCAUCUGCCAGCCCUUGCACUACACCACCACAAUGAGCAGGCGCCUGUGUGUCACACUGGUGACAGCCUCAUGGGCUGGGGGCUUUGUUCACUCCCUCAUCCAAGUCAUGCUGAUCAUCCGCCUGCCUUUCUGUGGGCCCAACAAACUGGACAACUACUUCUGUGACAUCACCCAAGUGUUGAGGAUUGCUUGUGCCAACACUUUUGCUGAAGAAAUGGCGAUGAUCCUCAGCAGCGGCCUCAUCUCUGUGGUCUGCUUUGUGGCCCUCUUGGCUUCCUACGUCUUUCUGCUCACCACGCUGAAGAAGACUGCUGGACCGUCCACCAGGAAGGCCCUCUCCACUUGCUAUUCCCACAUCACCAUUGUCAUUUUCAUGUUUGGUCCUGCCAUCUACAUCUACGCCCGACCCUUUGAUGAAUACGCACCUGACAAGGUGGUUUCUGUCUUCCACACAAUCAUCUUCCCCCUCCUGAACCCCAUUAUUUAUACUCUCAGGAACAAGGAGAUCACUACUGCCAUCAAGAAGGUAGCCAACAGAUGCCUAUUCUGCAAGAAAAAGUGA